AUGGCGUUCCUGCUGGAGCAACUGGGGGACCAGGUGCAAAUCACUGAUAAUGUGGUCAAGGCUGCAGCAGGUAACUUAUCUAAAGGAAAGGAAGUCAUGGCGCUCCUGCUGGAGCAACGAGGAGACCAGGUGCAAAUCACUGAAGACGUGGUCAAGGAGGCAGCGGGAAAUAAGUGGAAUGGAAAGGAAGUCAUGGUGCUACUGCUGGAGCAGCGAGGAGAUCAGGUGCAAAUCACUGAAGACGUGGUCAAGGCUGCAGCAGGUAACUUAUCUAAUGGAAAGGAAGUUAUGGCACUUCUGCUGGAGCAGCGAGGAGACCAGGUGCAAAUCACUGAUAAUGGGGUCAAGGAGGCAGCAGGUAACUUAUCUAAUGGAAAGGAAGUCAUGGCACUCCUGCUGGAGCAGCGAGGAGACCAGGUGCAAAUCACUGAAGAUGUGGUCAAGGAGGCAGCGGGGAAUAGAUGGAAUGGAAAGGAAGUCAUGGCGCUCCUGCUGGAGCAACGGGGGGACCAGGUACAAAUCACUGAUGAUGUGGUCAGGGCUGCGGCAGGAAAUGGGGAUAAUGGAAAGGAAGUCAUGGCACUCCUGCUGGAUCAACGGGGAGAAAAGGUGCAAAUUACAAAGGACAUUUUCUUAUCAGCUGCCUCUUGUGGGAAUGAAGAGGUCCUUUACCUCUUAGCACACAAACUUAACCAAGUAAACUCUCCUCACUUGGUUAGGAUAGCUCAACUCUACAAGGCAGCGGAGUCAGGUAAUCUUGCAAAGCUCAGGCAACUCCUUUGCGAAGGCACUCCACCUGAUACCCAAAAUAUCCGAGGAGUGACGCCACUCUGGAUUGCUGCAUCGAAUGGGCAGGUAGAAAUUGUCAACUUACUUCUCCAAACAAAUCAAGUGAAUGUCAACGCCAAAUCCAUUGCAGCAAGACCUCCCAUAUUCUGGGCUGCUGCUUGUGGCCAUGCUAAUGUUGAAUCGGUUAGUGCGAAUCAGCAUGGCACUGGCAUUAGCGAUGCUGCCACCGGCGACUUUGUGAUUCUAUCUGACAGUCAAGCCACUAUCAUCGCCUGCGCCCAACCGGUGCGACAAUCAGGCCAGUACAUCAUCCGCAGCAUCCUUCAAGGGCUUGGCCAAACCACUAACCGCAGCUCCGAACGAUCCUUGAGCCGCCUGGCUAAGAAAGCGCAGCUUCUCCUGGGCGCCGGAACAGCCACCACCGCCCGGACGAUUAGUUUGGCCUCGUACUACAUCCUCGCGAACCCGGAAAUCAAGGCGAAACUACAAGUCGAGUUGAAGGACCCAAUGGCGAAUUGGAGAAGCUGGCUUAUCUCCAAGCCAUCAUCAAGGAGUCUCUACGGUACUGUCUCCCCCCUCCCCCCUUCCAAACGAUUAAGCUACGCUGCCAUGCAACGCCUCCCCCCGGAUCUCCCCCGACCUCCCAAUCCAAUACAAAAGGUUUACAAUCCCAGCAGGCGUAAACCAAUACCGCACACACCCACAAUCCAAUCCAAUCCAAUCCAGUAUAAAUUCUACUCUGGGAUCCCCCAGACCCUUGUCGGCAUGUCCGUCUACCUCAUGCACUCAGAUCCGUCCGUCUACCUCGAUCCCAAAAGCUUUCUCCCCGACCGCUGGCUCGGCACCUUCCACCCAUCUAUGUACUGGAAAUACGUCCCGUUCACCCACGGAUCAAGGAGUUGUCUAGGCAGGGAAUACGCUACGUUACAUUACGCUAUGUUCUGCUUUGCUCCUCCUCCCCCGUUCCCUUUCUAG